UUCCCCUCUUUCCCACCCCCAACCCGCGUUCCCUUCUCCGGCAUCUUUUGCUUGCAUUUCUUUGGAAGAGCAAAGAGCCGAAACUGACGCGCAGAAUAAAAGGAGGGUGGUGGAGAGGAGGAGGAGGAGAGCUCAUAGGCUGUGGCCAUGGCCACGUUCACCCGUGAAGAAUUCUACCAGCAGCUGCUGAGUGGCUGCGUGCUGCCCACCGCUCAGCAGGGUUUCGAACAGGUUUGGACGCUUCUGCUCUUGUGCCUGGUGUGCCGUCUCCUUUGGAGGUUGGCUCUGCCCUCUUAUGCCAAACACCUCAGCACUGUGGCUGCCGGCUUCUACGUCCUCUACCACUUCUUCCAGCUGCAGAUGGUGUGGGUCGUCCUCCUGAGCCUCUUGUGCUACCUCGUGCUGUUCCUGUGCCGCCACUCGACCCAGCGGGGCGUCCUGCUCUCCAUCACAAUCCUGAUCUAUUUGCUGAUGGGGGAGCUGCACAUGGUAGACACUGUGACCUGGCAUAAGAUGAGAGGAGCCCAGAUGAUUGUGGCCAUGAAGGCGGUGUCUCUGGGCUUCGAUCUGGACCGGGGUGAGGUGCUGUCCAUUCCUUCCCCAGUGGAAUUCAUGGGUUACAUCUACUUUGUUGGAACGGUCAUCUUUGGGCCCUGGUUCCGCUUCCGCACUUAUCUACAGGCUGUGGAGAGCAGGAAAAUGAGCUUUUCCUGGUUCCAGAAGGUCUGCCGGAGCUGUUUCCUCAGCCUCGUGUGCCUCAUCAUGUCUACCUGCGUGUCCCCCUACCUCUUCUCUUAUUUCAUACCUCUCUACAGCUACAAACUGCUCAAAAAAAAGCGCCGAACCAGAAGCACAAUGGUAAGGUGGCUCCGGGCUUAUGAAAGUGCCAGUUCCUUCCACUUCAGCAACUAUUUUGUGGGCUUCCUGUCCGAAACAACGGCCACGUUGGCAGGGGCCGGCUUCACAGAGGAAAAAGACCACUUGAGAUGGGAUCUGACAGUAUCACGCCCCCUGAAUGUGGAACUACCCCGCUCUAUGGUAGAAGUGGUCACCAGCUGGAAUCUGCCCAUGUCCCGUUGGCUGAACACCUAUGUCUUUAAGAACUCCCUGAAACUGGGCACCUUCUCGGCAAUCAUUGUCACCUAUGCCACCAGCGCCCUCUUACAUGGACUGAGUUUCCAUCUGGCUGCUGUGCUUUUAUCUCUUGGCUUCAUCACUUACAUUGAACACGUUCUUCGGAAGCGACUGUCAGUCAUAUUCAACGCCUGCAUACUCUCCAAGAAGUGCCAGCCAGGGUGCUCACAUCGCCACAACACGGAUCUUUGGGUUCGCCUCCUCAACUUGCUCUUUGGGGCUCUAGCAGUCUUUCACCUGACCUACCUCGGGUCCCUAUUUGACAUGGACGCCGAUGACUCUGUGGAAGAACAGGGGUAUGGCAUGUCUUACACUAUCUACAAAUGGUCUGAGCUGAGUUGGGCAAGCCAUUGGGUCACCUUUGGGUGCUGGGUCUUCUACCGGCUCAUCAGCUGAACUUUGACCUCUGUGUGGAUUGGAGGAGAUGGAACAGGAGGACGAAAGGAGAGGCGGAACUCAGGACCCGCCUUUCCCUCAAAGACAACUAGACGCCAUUGAAGACUUGAACACUCCAGAUGUUGCAUGAUCCCGUUCUCUGUGGAAUCCUUAUUCAAGGAAGGGAUCAGUAGCUGGGGUGACCUGAGGUGUAUCCUGACCCAUUGCCCUCAAAAAGAAGUAAAUUAGGUCAAACAAAGGACUAUAGAGAGAGAGAGACGGGGAGAGCGUGCUCAAAGUGCGCUGAUGUAAAAAGCCCUCCACCAAAUGACUGCCCGGGAAAACAACAGCACAUGUGUCUGUCUUGGGGGGUCCCUCUAGUAGCAAUCUAUAGCAACUGCAACAGCUCUUCUUUUGUCGUGGUUGUAUAAUAACACCGGUUGCCCUCCUAAAUGCAGUGCAUGCGCUCUCUCAUUCCCUUCUGCUCGUUUCUGGAGCCAGCACCCACUGCAGUCCCGACCCCCCUUGUUUUUGCUGGAUUGCUGACCCUUUUGCCGUAACACUCCGAUGAUCAGCUGGUUGGAAUGUUUAUCUUUAAAAAAUUUUUUAACGUGGGUUUAAAAAUAUCCCCUUUCCCAGCAUGGACGUAAGGCACAGCGACUCUUCGCCAACCCGGCCAUCCGGCAAUGCAAAAUUAAAGUAUGCAAAUCCAGCAGUUUUGCAUAAUUUAUUUUGCUUCCGGGUUCUCUGUGUUCAGUGCAUCCAAACUUUUCAUUUAGCAGAGGCAGAAAGAAAAAAAAAGGAUAUCGGGGACCGGCCUAACGCAGGUGAGAAGGCAAAAGUUAUCCGUGCAGGAAGAGCAGAGAUAUUCGUGAAGCUCUGAAACGCCCCCUUUCCCAGACGUGUGGAGGGAGGACACGUGCUGUCCUCAUUUUUCUAAAUUAAAGCUGAAAUGGCUCCAUGUCAGGUUGUGGGGUCCAGGAUGUGUGAGCUGUGGGGAGUACCUGCAGCCCAAACAUAUCAUUAUUCUGAAUUAAUUGAUUCACUAUAAUGGUAACGCCCUCUGUUCUGUGCUUAUAAAUGUGGCUUUUGCCAGUGUGAUAUCAUGGUUCAGAGCGGCGGAUUCUAAUCUGGGGAACCAACGUUGAUUCCCCGCUCCUCCACAACGGCAGUGGACACUUAUAGGGUGGUCUGGAUGUUUCCCCACUCGUACGCAUGAAACUUGCCGGGUGACCUUGGGCUAGUCACAGUUCUCUCAGAACUCUUUCAGCCCCACCUAGCACAAAAGGUGCCUCGCUGUUGUGGUGAGAAGAAGGGAAAGGAGUUUGUAAGCUGCUCUGAGACUCCUUACAGGAGGGGAAAGUAGGGAAUAAAUUCAAAACUCUCUUGGAGCAGCAGUGGCGUAGGAGGUUAAGAGCUCGUGUAUCUAAU